GGGAUUAGAAGUGUCCGGCGUUUUGUGCCUCUAUCUCCUCGUUGAUCAUAAACCUCUUAUGUUGGUGUCAUUCCUGAUAAUUUACCUUGGACAUGAUACAGUUCGAUUUGUUUUGGGCCCCGGGUUUCCUUUUCAGGUGUGGUUAUGAAAUGUUCCGAGCAUGUUGGACUUUUUCUGUUCUUGUCCGAUUGGUCGUUGGAGUUACUUUUUUAAUACCCCUCGCACGUUGUGGGAAAAAGGCAUCUGGAUAGACUUUCGUUCUGGUUAUUGUGUCGUUUUCUGUGGGACCAGCAUGUACACAGUUUCUUUCUCCUUGCCUUUGAUUAUUUCCUUUUGUUCGCCGGUUUUCCCUUACUGCUUUGCGAUCUGUUACAAUUAUACCCCAGUUACCCACUUCCCCUACCUAACCUUACGUUGAUUGCCUUACACUCCCAGUGUGCCAUAUGAUGUUUCUUAUGCACUCA